GGAGAGAGGCCAAGCUCCCGUUGAAAGGCGCUCACCGCUCGGGACGCAACCAGAGAGGAGAGGCGCGCGGGGCGAGACCAACCUGAUCCAGCAUACCACGAGAGGCACGAGCACGCAACAACACGCGUGGGAACGAACAUGCAGAGAGAAAAACGCUCCGUUUGGACGCAGAAUUUUAUAUGCGGUUAGAUAGAUUUGAGAGUUGGGUUACAAGAAUUACGCACGAAGCUGGCAAAGCUGGUUCCCAAGGUGAACCAGCUUUUUAAAAAUAAUUUUUUUACGCGCAGACCUUGAGGGAUGAGAGAUUACGCGCGUGAGCAGAAACCUGCAUUAUUCUCACGCUAAAAAAAAAUAAACAAAUAAAAAAUGAAAUUAAGAAGCGGGAGCUUGUUGAAAUCUGAUCAUUUUUCCGUGUGGAAUUUUGCAUGGAGAGCGGACGCAGUGAACACUUUGCCACAUGUUGACGAUCGCUUUCAGAGCCGCACUCGGACUGGCUUGUGGAAGCAGCCUCAGUUGAACUGAACUUGGACAUUGUGGGAACCGUGUGGGCAGGCAGGAGGACCGUGCGGUAGGUAGUCACCACACCUGCGCACUGGUCCCACCGCCGGAAACCCUCUGAGUGAGUUUUGAUAAAGACCGACGGCAUGGACAGAGUCGAWCCAGACGUCUCUCCUGCGCGUGAGUCACACUGAGCGAAAAAAAMMCAAAACAAAAMAAAAAAAAAACAUUUGGACGAGGAUAUUAUAACAGCGCGUGCUUUUGCGCAAAAGCGGUCACACAGCGCACGCGACACUCCUGGGACGAGGCUCGGUGCGGCUGCCGGAUUGGACCCCCGGGGCUGUGUGCUAAAUGCCCAGCCGGACCCCUGCGGCUCCUCAGCCUGGGCGGAAACAUGAAGUCCUGGGUCCUGCUACCGCUGCUGCUGACUGCGCUGCUAUCGGCCCGUCUGCGGCUCGGGAACGCUGAGGGCGAUCCACUCCCUCAGUCACUGAUUGACCUGGUGUGGGACUCUCCCAUCUCCUCAGUGGAGGACCUGAAGCUGCUGCUGCAGCAGCAGGAGUCCAGCACAAUAGAUGAUAAAGAGGACGAGCACGACAGUCUUCUCAGCCCCAUCCACGGUCGAUACAUUAGAAGUCUUGAAGCUCAGCAAGCCCAGAAGGCAGAAUGUAAAGUCAGAACAGAGGUGAUGGAAAUAACCAGAUCCAUGGUGGAUCGUAGCAACGCCAACUUCCUGGUGUGGCCUCAGUGUGUGGAGGUGCAGCGAUGUUCAGGCUGCUGCAACUCCAGACACCUGCAGUGUGUCCCCGUCGUUAACGCCACCCGAAACCUGAAGGUAACAAAGAUUGUGUACAGGAACCAGAGACGUUUCAAUGAAGACGCCAUCAUCUCAGUAGUAGAUCACGUGAGCUGCCGGCUGCAGGCGCCCCCACUCUCCACAUCGUCGUCGUCGUCUUCUUCAUCGACUGUCUUCACCUCUGAACCAAACCCUCUUCCACCUCCCCCGCAAAGACACCCUGCAUCCUCCCUUCCUCUUUUCCCACCCCACAACCCCCACCCGCUUCCACCAAAGACUCCCACCUCCAAGGCGGACCUCCACCGCCACGACGACCUCAAGCACAACCAGCACCACCAUCUUCCGCACAAACAAGAUCCGUUGGCAAGGCAGUGGCAGCAGGGCAGCUACACUCAGCUGGUGCACUGGACGCAGCCCCGAGUGCAUCAAGCCCCCACAUACGUGCAGACCCAACUCAGGACGGCCGGGUUUCUCGGCUCAGUCGGGACCUGGCCGUCUGAGGCGAGGGCAGAGCACACCGUUAUGGAAAGUCCGCAGCAAGUCGGACACGGGAGCGGCUUUGACAGGAGCCGUGAGGAGACCGGCGGGGAGGCGCGCCGUCCCGACCAUGAACAGCGACAGCAGGAGCUGUUAAAGCACCAGCAGAGGCAGGAGCAUCAUCAUCCUCAUCAUCAUCAACACCCUCACCUCUCGCAACAAAACAACCCCAGAGGAGAUGAGGACCAGGAGAGGAGGACGCAGUAUCUGCUUCACGCUCCCCAGUCAGAUAGCGCUUCCCCGCCCGUCAGCAUAACUCCGGCGCCCACGACGGGACAAAAUCCCGCUUCUUUCACAACUGCAAAUCAAAAAGACUCGGUGACGAGCCAAAUAAAUGGAGAGGUCACUCGUCACAAACAGGUGAAGAGCAAAGGAGACGGUCCAAAAGACGGGACCGAGAGGGAAGAAAGCGAUUACGUAGUUAGCGGUGACUCAGGUCGGGCAGAGGCAGCCAAUCAGGAGAAGAAAAAUGACUCUAAAUCAAGUGGGGGGGCAGACCAUUUAACAGAGGAGGAGAGACGGAAGAAGCUACUGGAGAUGGUACAGAGUGAGCCAGACAAAGACCCUCUGCUGCAUCCUCACCAAAGACCAAAACCAACGACAUUUAAAUCAGCGUUGUCCACUGUGGUACCGGCGUCGACGGCAGCUCGUCAGGUACCGUUCCGACCCGCUUCUCCUCGCCGUAGAAAAAGGAAACACCGCAAACGCAUCAGCAAAGCUGCUAUGAGGGCUAUGAUCAUGUAGAGAUGAAGGAAGCGGCUCUGCAGAAUCAAAGAUUGUGGAGACAAACGAUGCGUUUCCUGGAGCCGGGACGUUCAGACCAGCUUCUUUUACGUACUCGGCUUGGCAGAAAGUCACCUUUCCAGCUCUGGAGAUGCUACGAAGUAUCCGUUAGUCUGGAUUUAACAAGUGCAAUCUCGUGAACUCCUCAAAUUAGAGAGGCUUUGACACACUAAACACUGGACCUCAACUUGUGUCAUCUGAAAAGCACAAAUGGAUGAACUAAAUGAGGAUUUAUCUGUACAGCGCUUCAGGAACGCAGGACAAGAGGCAGCCAUUGACUGGCUACUUUCAACAAGUUGCUUAAUUUAGCCAAGAUGGAUACUGAAUUGCUGAUUUGGGGCUAAACGUGGAGUUUGAAAUAAAAAGAAAAAAGCAAACUGACCAGGAGAACUGGAUUUCUACACUGGGAAGACUGGAAACUGUAGCCUACAGCCAUGGCCUCAGUGC